ACAUCCUCCAAUUUUAGCUUCACAUUUCAAAUGAACGGGUCAAAGGUCGUCUUCGUUGGAAACAUUCCAUACGAGCAGACUGAGGAGCAGUUAAUUGAAAUCUUUAGUGAAGUUGGCCCUGUAGUCAACUUUAGACUAGUGUUUGAACGCGAGACAGGGAAGCCUAGAGGUUAUGGAUUUUGUGAAUUUCAGGAUGAAAGGACAGCAGCAUCUGCAGUCAGGAACCUUAAUGGGAGAGAGAUUGGUAAUCGAUCACUGAAAGUAGACUAUGCAGAGACAGAUCCAGCGCGUAAUGGUGGACGUGAUCUUGAGGAGGGUUCAUUCAUCAGGAAUAUUGGACCCGGAGCUGGAGGACAUAUAGCUCCUCCACUACCCAUGCCGCCACAUCUUCAACAGCAACAGCAACAGCAACAGCAGCAACAACAACAGCAACCUCCAUCUUUGAUCCCUCCACAGGGUGCAGGACCCAGAUUAGAUCCACGGAUCGCUAUGAAUGCAAAUGCUACACCCCCACUUAACCGUCCACCUAUUCCACAACCGCCUAUGGCCGGAGGUCCUAUUCCACCUCCCAUGGUGCCACCUGUACCAAACUCAGCAGACGCAAUCUCUGCAGUAUUAGCGACUAUGACACCAAAGAAUGUUUUUGACUUGAUUUCAUCCAUGAAGGUUCUGGGAGCUACAGAGCCAGAAAGGGCCAAGGCUGUACUCAAUGCCAACCCACAAUUAUCCUAUGCGCUGUUUCAAGCGCUUCUCAUGAUGAACUUGGUAGAGCCCAGUUCGCUACAACGUAUGUUUCCGGCAGCACAAGGGCCUAAACCUCCUGUCCCGAAUGCGCCUACACCACAGCAACACCUUCCAAUCCCUCCACCGCGUAUGGGGAUGGCGCCUCCACCGCAGUUUGCACCACCACCAUUUGCUGGCAUGCCUCCAGGACCACAGCCCCCUCAACCUUCGCCCCAAACUCAACCUCAACUUCCACCUCAGCCUCAACUUCAACCUCAACAUCAACACCAACCUCAACCUCAACCUCAACCUCCAUCUCAGCCAAGUGUCCCCAUGGCACCUUCUCUUGAGCAACAGAAGGCCUUGGUCGCUCAAGUGCUGGCUUUGACACCUGCGGAUAUUGCAUCGCUGCCAGAGGAGCAACGUGCGAAUAUUAUUCAAUUGAGAGCACAGCUUAUGGGUGCCAACGUUUAG